AGCGGCGGCGGCAUGGCGGACCCUGACGUGCUGGGAUUCCAAGACAUGGGGCUCGACCCCCGGCUCCUGCAGGCCGUCGCCGACCUGGGCUGGCAGCGCCCCACGCUGAUUCAGGAGAAAGCCAUCCCGCUGGCCCUGGAGGGGAAGGACCUCCUGGCGCGGGCCCGCACGGGUUCCGGGAAGACGGCAGCUUAUGCCAUUCCGAUGCUGCAGCUGCUGCUCCAGAGGAAGGCGACAGGUCCUGUGGUAGAACAAGCAGUGAGAGGUCUUGUUCUUGUGCCCACCAAAGAACUGGCACGACAGGCCCAGUCCAUGAUUCAGCAGCUAGCUGCCUACUGUGCUCGAGACAUCCGGGUGGCCAAUGUCUCAGCCGCUGAAGAUUCAGCCUCUCAGAGAGCUGUGCUGAUGGAGAAACCAGAUGUGGUGGUAGGGACCCCAUCUCGCAUAUUAAACCACUUGCAGCAAGACAAUUUGAAACUGCGAGACUCCCUGGAGCUGCUGGUGGUAGAUGAGGCUGAUCUUCUUUUCUCCUUUGGCUUUGAGGAAGAACUCAAGAGUCUUCUCUGCCACUUGCCCAGGAUUUACCAGGCUUUUCUGAUGUCAGCUACUUUUAACGAGGAUGUGCAAGCACUCAAGGAACUGGUACUUCAUAAUCCGGUUACUCUCAAGUUACAGGAAUCCCAACUUCCAGGACCAGACCAGUUACAGCAAUUUCAGAUUGUUUGUGAUACGGAAGAAGAUAAAUUUUUGUUGUUGUAUGCCCUGCUCAAGUUAUCCUUGAUUCGGGGCAAGUCUUUGCUGUUUGUCAACACUCUGGAGCGGAGUUACCGUCUGCGUUUGUUCCUGGAGCAGUUUAGUAUUCCCACCUGUGUGCUCAAUGGAGAACUCCCACUGCACUCCAGGUGCCACAUCAUCUCACAAUUCAAUCAAGGCUUCUAUGACUGUGUCAUAGCAACUGAUACCGAAGUCCUGGGCACCCUUGUCAAGGGCAAGCGAAGGGGCAAAGGGUCCAAAAAGGACAAGGCUGCUGAUCCAGAGGCAGGUGUGGCCCGUGGCAUAGACUUCCAUUAUGUUAGUGCCGUGCUCAACUUUGAUCUACCCCCAACCCCUGAAGCCUACAUACAUCGAGCUGGCAGGACAGCACGUGCCAACAACCCAGGCACAGUCCUGACUUUUGUACUGCCUACAGAGCAGUCCCACCUGAGUAAGAUCGAGGAAUUUCUUGGUGGUUUCAGUGGAGAGGACAGGGUGCCAAUCCUGCUUCCCUACCAGUUCCGCAUGGAGGAGAUCGAGGGCUUCCGCUAUCGCUGCAGGGAUGCCAUGCGGUCAGUGACUAAACAAGCCAUUCGAGAGGCAAGAUUGAAGGAGAUCAAAGAGGAACUUCUGCACUCAGAGAAGCUCAAGACAUAUUUCGAAGAUAACCCCAGGGACCUACAACUGCUUCGACAUGACCUGCCCUUGCACCCCGCGGUGGUGAAGCCUCACCUGGGCCAUGUCCCUGACUACCUGGUUCCUCCCACUCUGCGAGGCCUUGUCAACCCUCAUAAGAAACGGAGAAAGCUGUCCUCGAAGAAGACCAAGAAGAUGAAGACCCAGAACCCACUGCGUAGUUUCAAGCCCAGAGGAGAGAAACCCAGAGCCCUGGGGAAUCCUUCCUGAGGCCAUCUGGGCAGCCUCAGCUGUGUUCCCAGACCUUCCCCAGGGCUGUGCGUACAGAGUGUGAAGCAGGAUUCUCACUCCUGGAGCUGUAUUCCUACGCUGACUGGAUUGCUUUUGCGACAGGCAGAGCUGUGAUCCUCCAUAUUUAUGCCUCUACACGCUGCCAUUUUGUCCCUUAACAACAGAAUAAAGAUUCCAGGUGCCCUGCUUUGUGCUUCCCGCAUAUAGGAAGUUGCUGUCACCAGUAUCUUGGGAAUUUGGAAACAGCUUCCAGGGGGCAGGGACAGGCUUUGCCUGCUGCGUGUAGUGCCUCCUUGGCUGGCAGACAUCAGCUAUGCCACAUCAUGGGGCCUUUGGACCCUGGGAAACACCCACUUUCCACCAUUGUCUGGCUGAGCCCAUAGUCACUCCAAUGGCUCUACUGUCAGAUCAGGCUGGCUGACUAACCAGUCUGGCCUCCCUCCCCUGUGGUUUAGAAACAGUGUUCAGCCUGUAGGGAAAAUGUACCUUACUGCCUACACCUCUCCCUCCAAAUACAGCCCGCUGUAAGUUUAGCCUCUUGGCUUUUCAGGGGCAGCCAGCUAGGGCCAUUUCCAGAAUUGUUCCUGUCAGCAUACCUAUGCAUGUUUUUUUUUUAAUAAGAUUUAUUUAUUUUUAUACAAAAAUUGGGGUACCGGCCAGAGAUAUUGGGGGGGGUGAGAGGAUUCACCAGAGGCAGAGCAGGGAACAGAACAGGCAGACGGACCAAAGUACGGUGCUGAGGGGAGCAGUGAGUGAGACAGGAGAGGUCUGUCCCACCAUGUGGGUUUCUCCCUGGCCUGCCGGGAAUUGAACUCAUGCUGCAGUGGCUGUGGAUUGCUCCACAGUUUGCGUCUUAACCUCUGCGCCACUAGGGAGGCCCCACCUAUGCAUGUUUUAAGGCACAUGAUGGGCUGAUGUACACACAUUAUGCCUUUGUUCCUUGCUCAGCUGCUGGGCCUCAAAUAAGAGGGUCCCAGCCUGUAAUCUGGGCUUCCCAACUUCUGUUACUGUUGGAGGAGAGAAGGGGUCUUGACAACACUUGGUACUCUUGGUUGCCUCUACUGAUCAGUCUUACUGUCACCAGUUUAUCAGACCUUACUUGGCCUGGCCUGCCCUAGCCAGGUGAAGAGAACUGGGUGAGAGGAGGCAGAGGUGGGAGGAAGCUGGAAAGCCUCAGUAUUUUAGAAAAUGCAGCUGUCAGCAUAAUGGGUCUGCUGGGAAUUGGACCUCUGGUUAUUUGUAAGGCAUAGGGCUUGAGAUUGUUAGGACCUUGGAUUUGGAGUCUCUAUUACCUUCUUUUGCUAAUUUCCAAGUAUUGCCAGGGAGCCAACUGUGUUAAGGGGACAGUAUUUGGGGAUUAUCAGAGAGUGGUGCUAAUCUGCAGCCAGUAAAACAAAUUAAAAAAGUCCUGCAGGGCCUCCCUGGUGGCACAGCGGUUGAGCGCUGGGUUGCGAAGCUGCCCGCUGCCUCUGCAGCGCCGGUUCGAUCCCCGGCUGCUCCCCGGCCACCGGAGGAGGGUCCCAAAUGGCGCGCAGACCUCUCCUGCCGCCCGCUGCUCCCCUCAG